UAGUUGAGGGCGUCCUUCACGCGGGAACAUGAAAAUUUGAAAUCAAGAAAGCAAAAAUUAUUAUGGCUCUGAAAAAGUUCAACAUUAUUGUAGCUGUUAGUAAUGAUAUGGGAAUCGGUCUUAAUGGAGAUUUGCCUUGGCGAUUACGAAAAGACAUGAAACAGUUCAGCCUUCUAACUUCAAAGUCUACGGUAAAUGGGAAAAAUAACGCUGUAGUGAUGGGUCGCAGAACUUGGGAUUCUAUACCAGAAAAAUUCAGACCACUUCCAAAUCGAGUAAAUGUUGUUUUAAGUCGAACUCUAAGUGACCCACCCCCUGGUGCUGACUACCUGUGUGGCAGUUUGGACAAAGCCAUGGCCUUGCUUUCUGAUGAGCCCCUCAAUAAUCAGAUUGAUCUGAUUUGGAUCAUUGGUGGAAGCGAAGUUUACAAGGAGGCUAUGAUGUCACCAUUGUGCCAUCAAGUUUACAUAACACGUGUAUCCAGCCAUGUCCAGUGCGAUGCUUUCUUUCCAAAUAUUGACAAAUUGAAAUAUAAGCAAAUAAGUCUUUCUGAUAUUGAUGGAAAAGAGCAAGAAGAAAGGGGCAUUAAAUUCCGAUAUGAGGUAUAUCAACAAAUUAACAAUUUUCAAUUUCACUCGGCCAAUUACAAAACCAAAUCUUAGGAAGGAGCAGAGUUGUUAUAUGGAAGAAAUAUAUCUUGGCAUUUUGCAGGAUUAAAGCCAUAAUAAUCAGCAAUGCUGCAGUUUGCUAAUUAAAUUUGCUGCUUUACUAUUUAUGGUUUUAAUUAUAUAUUAUCCUUAUAAUAUAAUAAGUAUAUAAGAAGUACUUAAAUAGAUACUGCUGCAUUGUCAAUUAUAUACAGACCCCACCCCCAAAGCACUUAAAUAUCUGUUGCUGCUUUGCUGAUUAUAUAAAGAAAUAAGAAGUACGUAAAUAGAUACUGCUUCAAUGGUACAUGGCUGAUUAUAUAAGGAUAUAAGAACUACUUUAAUAGAUACUGCUGUAUUGUUUAUUAUAUAAGGACAUAAGUCGUUAAAAGCUUUCUAUAUUGCCUAGCAUAUUGAUAGGUAUCGCACUAAAUGUGGGUGCCUUACAAUUUGAAAUGUUUAUUGACCAGUCAAAUUGUUAAUUAAAUAAUAUUGUAUUACCACAAUAAAACAAAAAUCUAGAAAUAACUUUAAAAAAUUAACCAAUAAAUUGCUUAUUUACAAGUAUUUACCAAAAUAAUUGUUUACUUUAAUUAGUAAUAGCAAUACUUACAAAAUAAUGAAACUAACACUUAGAUCAUUCCUAAAAUCACAUAUUUUUGGAUGUUACAGAUUGUGAGUAUAAAUAUGUUUGAAAAAUUUUUUUUUUUUUCAUGAACACUUCAUCACUGAAUGCUUUAAUAAAUUCAGUUUUUGUGUAUUUUUCACACAGUAUGUCAUUUAUUUAUAGAUAGAAUGUACUGUAGAUUGAAUACCAAAUAAAAAAUAUGUUUACCCUGAA